GUGCUCCCACUACUUAUUAAUUUUUUUUAAAUUGUUUAAUUUGCUUCUAGUUCAAUCAAUAGGUCUUCUCCAUGGACAUUUUGACAUGUCAGAUUAACAUGAUGUCCUGGUUUCUGUCCAGAAUCAAAACCUUCCCUGUUGUCAAUGAUAUAAAACAGAAGCUACAAAUCUUUGUGCUACAGGAGCUAGGUCUAGGUCGUUUUCCCCUUUUUAAAAAUAGAUGAUUAUCACAUCUAUUUUUGAUGAUUAAUUUUCUGUAUCAGCUAAUUCAGCUCACCAGUGAUCAAAGUGAAUUCUCAUCACUAAUAUUUUUUGUAAAUCUGUGUAUAUUAGCAGUCACUUUGCUGUCCUGUUAUCCCAGGAAAGGCCAAAGUCAUAAUGUAAUCACUCUAUCAGGAAACCAAAUUUAAACCAACGGGUGGCACCACCAACGUUUUAAGGCUAGAUCUUGUUAAUGCUGCCAGUUUGUUCUAAACAACAACUUAAUAACAUUAAGUUUACUAGUAAUGCAUACUUUAGAUAAGCAGGGGAAUCACUGAUUAGAUGAUUUCUGAAAUUACGUCAAAUGGGAGAUAGCUUGUUGCAAUGGUUUUGCAGUGCUCAGGAGUGUUGAUCCAUACUAGUUUUUACAUGUCCCAAGUAUGAGUCACAGCUCCUGUAUUUGUGUGGUGUGUCAAGAGAAAUUAAACAGCAAUGAAUCUAGUCUACCAAUCCCAGGAAAAGGGGUGUGAACACUAUUACUUUUGGAAGAAGCAAACCUGUUGCAAAAUACUCUGAGCCAUUUAUGCUUGUGCUUAAGUCAUAUAUUUUUUCUCUAAUGCUCUAAAUAGGGCUAAAAAUCCACAGUCGUUAGUAAAGUUUGCAUUUGUGUGCAUAUAGUUUCCCCAGACUUAACCUGCCAAACAAGUUCAAACUGGUCAACUCUCAGCUACUAAAAGCUGAAGUCUCUGAACCCUCGUCACUAUCUGGAGCUGUAACUAGCUUUCUAUCAGGAAGUGAGAGAUGAGGAGGAGGAAAGCAAGAAACAGCUGGGCAAAUGUUUAUGGGAAGGUCCUUGUAGUUGUGAAACCAGACAACACUCACCCUGUCUCUCACAUGCUGGGUCUCACAGGUGGGUGAAAGAGAGAUGUGGGGGAGGGAAGGAUACACAACAGUUUGGUCCAAAGCUUGAGAGCUACAGAUGUGACUAUCAACCAUUUUGUGUGUGUGUGCGCGCACAUUGGAAAUAUAUUUUGGAAAUCAAAGCAGUUGACUGAGGACAGCCUGUAUAACUGCUUCAAAAACUUGUGCAUAAGACACAAGUCAACAUUUCUGCCUUAACUGUAACAACAUUUAGGCGAUUAGUGACUGAUUAAAAUGAUACCUAAUGGGACUGAAUGAAGUCAGCGUAGCAUCUCUGACUUUAACACUGACCUGCGUGUGAUUCAGAGUUAUCUCAAUGUGCUGACUUGUGUCAAGCAGCUGUGUAAAUUUAGUCCUGGCAGUAAAACCACUUAUGCACACACCAACAUACCUGCACACCCUCCUCCCUGACAGAUUCCUCAGUAGUGAGGCUGUGUCCUCCUGAGAGGACUGAGCUGUAGACAGAGAGAAAGGCUGCUCUAUAAUGACUUUGACAUGUUGGCUAUAAAUGGGCUGCUCUGUUUAUUAAUUGUUUAAGGUAAUUUAUGAUGAAUAAUAGCUUGCACAUGCUUUCUACUCUGUUCUAUUUAAAUGUGGUAAUUACUUUUUAUCAGGAAAGAAAUCCUUAGUCACAUGUUUUCAUCCACUAAUUAAAAAUGAUCUUAUGUCAUUGUAACAAAGUAGGACAUCGUGUUACAAGACAAUCAAAGUGAAAAUGGAUUACCAUGCUUAAUUUUUCCAGUGCGCAAGUGCCAUUAGAUAACUCGUUAAAUAUACAGUACAUUAUUAUUGUCAUUAUAGAUGAAUGAACCAUGCAGUUUUUCCUUUUUUUAUUUUUUAGAUAUGUGACUGGAGAAAUAGGAUAGACAGGAAUUUAACUGAAUUAUGGAUGGCUUUAUUACAUUCAAAUGACCCAGGAGGUCUGUGUCCCAAAUCCAUAUUAUACACUAAGUCUAUAUGGGGUGUGUUAAAUACAAAUUGUCAUUAUAUGCUGUUUUAGUAAUUGGUAUUUUUGGAAUGUCAACAUCAUGUCUUUCUUUGAAUUUAAUACUUGAAAAUAUUAUCACAUCAUUAACUCUAGUGUGUGUUAUGUACAGCAUACAGUGUGUGUGUAGAGGCAGGGAGCACAUGCUUUAAAAAUGUCUUGUCGUCACGUGAGAUGUGACCUUAAGAAUCCAGGGUAGGUUUGAGGUUUACAUGCAUGUGGAGUCCAGUUUCUGUAAGAGACACCUCAAACAUGCUUCAUACAUAGAUCCUCACAUAGGCUGAGAAGUUCAUUUGAAAGCACCAAGCAUUAAUCCAAAAAAACUUGUAAAAAUAAAUAAAUAAAUACAGAAUAUCUGUCCGUCAGCCAGCAGAUUGUUUGAUAGAAACAUUUCUCUCUCUCAUGAGCGGAUUGUGGGUGUGGUGGCUCCAAGCAAAGUAGCACAGAUUAUUCUUGUCUUGUCACAUUCCUCUGCAGUCCAUAGUAAUCAGGAUCAAGGCAGUUUCAUUCACUUCACUUAUUCACCGCACAGUGAUUGUGCGUCAUUUUGUUGUUUCAACACACAAUAAGACAAUGUAAGACCAGAAUCUGUGCGUGUUUGUGUGCAAUCAUGUGUCUCACUUCAUGAGGUUUUCACGUCUGAAUUGGUCUCAACUAAAGCCUUAGUUUACAUACAGGAAACAACAGGCUGCUUUGUAGUUGGGAAACUUAAAAGAGGAGGCUGCCAUACUUAAGAAUGCCUUAGGGAGUGAUACCUGAAUUACUGAAUUAAUACUCUUGACUCACUGUGAUGCUUGGUUUUUGUUUUGCAAACAUAUUUUAUAAACCUGAUGGCUUUGUUCGCCCAACUGUGCAACUGCAACAGAGAUAGUUUAUAUCUGCUCUAGCAGCCAGUUAGCUAAGCUCUGUGGAAUUGCUAGCCUAGCUCUGUCCAAAGGUAAAAAUAUCUGCAACACGCCAAAAGCUCAAUGAUUCGACUUAAUAGAGAUAGGUGAAUGUUGUUACUUUCAGAAAGAACCAGGCUGGCUGUUGCCUCCAGUUUCCCAUCUUUAUGCUAAGCUAACUAUCUCCUACCUGUUGCAUAUUUAGCAUCCUGCAUACCUAUUUUAAAGACUAUGAUCUAGACCUGCUCUAUAUGAAAAGUGCCUUGAGGCUUUUGUUGUGAUAUGGCGCUAUAUAAAUAAAAUUGAAUUGAAUUGAAUUGAAUCUAGAUAUUAGAAUGGUAUCAGAUGUCAUCUCUUGAAUUAGCAUUUCUCUUUUUUUUAAACUAUUCCUCUGAAAUAUGCAAAAGUUGUUUCUUGAGCUUGUCCCAUUACUGGAGCAACUUGAAUUUUUAGUUCAUUUCUUUCGCUGUAGUUUUAACAUUUUUGACGAUAGGAUUUAUUUCAGUGCUCUAGACUGAAUUCUUUUUGGCUAGCCGUACAUAUUAACAAGUAUCUGAGUGUAUACUGUGUAGCCUAAGGCCCUCCUCUAAUGUCUUUUCCUUCUAUGAAGAUUAACAUCUGUGUAGACUUGCCAAGAACUAACCCGGUAAAACCUGUUUGACGAGGAUACAAAUUGACUUUUUCCCUUGCAGCCAACGACCAGCUCUCAAAUGUUAGGAGCAUCACAGUGCAGGCUGCUGAGACAGUCCCCAGCUAGAGUUCACAUUAGAAGACUCGAUGGCAUUUGGCUCACCAAAGGGGUGAAACCUAGUAAGGCUGUAAGGCUAUUCAUAGUUAUUCUACUGUAAGUCAGUAAUAGCCAAGCAAUCUGACACAUUCUGAUAUUCUGAUCUCAGGCUGUUGGCAAGUCUAUUCCUGGCUGAUAUCAACUAUAACUCCUACUGUAUACAUAAUGUGAUGCACAGUCUUGUAUGAACUCCACAUGUGGAUACUGUCACACUGAUAUGAUACAUUAUAACAAACUGGAUGGUGGGAUUUAUCUUCGAAUGCAAAUGGUCACCACUUGUGUUGACACACCCAUGCUACAAAACAGUAACAGAGCUGCUAACUCCAUGUUUUACUUUCAACUGUAAAUGCGCUUUUAGAAGUUCACUAUGAAUGAUAACCAUGAUGUUAAUCAACAAAGAAACAGCAGACAGUCCUGGACAUUUUAACAAAAAUACAGAACACAUUAAAAUACACAAACUUGAAUAUUUUCUUUAAAACAAAGACUUCAAUUUUUAUUCACAUUUAUUUAUAUUAUUUUAUCAUUAUUUAUAUUUUACACUCAGACUAACAUCUUUUAAGCUACUUUUUAACAAAAUUUGAAUUUUGCCUUUAAACAUUACAGCAGCUGUGACUUAAAUUUGUAAAUUUAAAGAACUGAAGCAAACGUUUUUUAUGCUUAAAGCUAAUUCAGAUAUACCUAGCAGAAAUGUUUGCAGUAGCUCCUUUGUUUUUUUAUUGUAAGGUUAACACUAAGAAUGUCAUUCCUCUGGUGUUCAGUGGGUUUUAGGCUCCUGUGAUGAUCCAAGUAAUGACUCAAAGGCUUUCCUGCUCAUGACAUCAUUUCUGUCCUGAUAUGAAAGAGUGUUGUAGUGAAACAACCCACAUCAGCCAUGACUAUAAUUAAAUUAUGGUCUUACCUCAAACUACUUUAUAAUUAGGAUAUUUUUUUUGGUGACAGCAAAAGUAAUGUUAAUCAAAAGGAAAAUGAAGGGAUAUAAAAACUGUGUACACUAUGGAACAGCUGUAUCAGGCUGUAUAUGUGCUGUUUGUGAUGAGGAAUAGGUGAAGACUGGGUUACAGGAGCUGGCUUCAACACUUUAUGACACAUCCUGCCAUUUGUCAACACGACCCAGUAGAGCUGGACACACCCAUAAACCACAUGUGGUUAAAGCAUUAAAACAUGUAUGAGUUUUGCAAUUAGUUAGUUAGUAGUCAAACUAAGAGGAAGGAAAAGCUCAGUUCUUCAUUUUUUUUAUAACCCUUUCGUGAACCCAGAGGUAGUCUGGAGGCCUUCAGUGAAUGACUUCAACUCUUACACGUCAUGUCAUCUGGGAGUCAAAGGGGCUGGUGGCCUACCUUCACCCCCGGCCCUGGACCCCUGGCUCUGUUAUCCUGGAGGGCAGCACCCCUGGCAGCCUGGGAGGAAGCAUCUUCCACCUGCAGGAGCCAGAGUUCUUAUCCUGGCUGUUGGGGGCAAGAGCUGUCGCAGAGCUGCUGUGUGACAGGUUGGGGGUUCGGAGGUGUGCGCUGGUCAGCAGACCCCACAGAGACAGACCUGCCCAGAUCCGAGUCCUCCCCCUGCAUGGUCUGGAUGCAGAGUGGCGUCCUCACCUGGCAGGAGAGGAGGAGCACAAUGCCCACGACCCGGGGUACUGCAGCUCCAAGACCGCUCCCCGGUGGAGUGACUCCAGUCUGACUGAAAUCCAAACCAAGAUUCGAGCCAAGCUCCCCUCACCUAAUGCCCCUCCCAGUCUGACUUUCCUCGGGGACGAUCCGGCUCACCCCGGCCUGUUCUCACGCAUUGUCCGUGGGGAGGAGCAGCAGUGGCGGGUGUGGGAGGACGAGGGUCACGUGGCCUUUCUCACACCUUUCCCCAACUCUCCUGGCUUUACUGUGCUGGUCCCACGUCGACCUUUGACCUCUGAUAUAUUCAGACUAGAAAAACAGGACUAUGAAGGACUGGUGCUGGCAACUAGGAAGGUGUCGCAGCUUCUUGAGGAGGGGUUGGGUGCCUCCGGGGUGGGGCUUAUUUUUGAAGGUUUUGAGAUUGACUACGCUCAUGCCAAGCUGAUACCACUAUUUGUACCUUCAUCAUCAGGGGCAGGAGACGGUAUCACUAAACCCAAAGUGCCCCAGUUUUACCCCACUUACCCUGGAUAUGUGACCUCAGAAGAUGGACCCGAAGCCAGCCUGGAAAAUUUGAAGGAGAUACACACCAAAAUAACCCAGUUUUAACACAAAUAACCAAAGUUUAUCUUCUACACGUUUACUCAUCAGUCACCAACACUUUUAGCAGUGAAAAGAAGCCCUCCCUCCCUUAGGAAUUAACAAGGUGUGCAGCAAAUACUGUAGGUGUGCAGUUUCAUGGUAUGAGUUAGGGCUGAACAAUGAAUUGAAAUAAGUAGGCAGCAAGAGGCAUUCAAAGAAUUUAUAGUUAUCAUAUGAAAAAUCUGUUAUUUUCCACAAAAGUAAUUCUUUUCUAUUGUAUUUUUUACACCAUCACUUUUACUGUCAGAAUCAUUUUUGUCUCAUGCAACAUCAGUUGUGCCUUCAGCUGGUCAGCCUUGCAGUGAUGCUGCUUUACACUAGCAUGUAUAUAAAGUACCUAGUGAAACAGUGAAAUGAUUUGUUGCCACAACAAUAGAAGAUAAAAUAUAAGUGCCAGAACAUCAAAAAUUAGUGUGUGGAAUUUAGAGCAUUAAAACAAAUUAUAUACCUGUGUAAAAUUAACUUUAAGAAAAUCAUACUAUCAAAUGCAUAUACAGUUCUUCACUUGACAAACACUUGUACAAAUGUACAGUUUAUGUUUUUAAUCAAAGUUAAGACUCAUUUCAUUUGUCAUAUACUGGUAUUUUGAUGUACCACCAAGUCAUCCAAAGGUAUCUCAAGAAAAAGAAAAUGUCAACCAUAGACAAAAAUUAUAUGUUUAACAUUUCUCUCAUUUUUUGAAUUUUAAAUUACCAGUUUAAAUUGUAUUUACUUAAAAUGGGUAUUGUUACUUCACAAUCAAUGCACUGCACAUUUGUGUUCCUUUAUUAAUUAGUGUGGUAUGUAUUUAGUUUGUUAACCACUCUGCCUGCCCACUCAUUACACUCCUGCUAAUUGGUCCCACAGUGUGUUUCUGAUUAUGAGGCUUAAUUAUUGUCUGGCUCAGUGCUCUGUAAACCCGGCACUGCUCCAGGCUGUCAUUAAAGUGGACAAAAAAGAUGUUAUGUGUUAAUGAGAGGGGUGUGUACUGCUGACUUCCACAAGGGAUGUAAGGAGCAAACUCAACUCUUCAAGGAAUAAUCUGCCUUGGUUCAAAUUAUGUAUACUCAGUUGGGUACCCUUUUUACACCUGCCAACAGCCAGCAGUCAUAUGUUUGGAUUUUACUUAUUAAUGCACAGUAAAUUGUCAUUCUGAAUUAAAAGACAAUCCAAAUAUA